AUGAUGAUGUUCUUAUCAUUGAUAAAAGCUAGCAGUGCAAUUACAACUAAUGCAAAUUGCACAAAACUUGAAUAUGGAAGUGGUACAAUUAGAGCAAUAAAUGAAACAUUAUGCUACACAUUAAGCAAAGAUACAUUUGUUGUAUUCAGUACAAUUCAUGGAGAAGAAGCAGAUGUUAACAUCACUGCAUCAUCUGCUGCAAAUCCAAAGAAUAUCGAAAGAUUUUUAGGUUUAAAGAUGAAGAAUGCUGUAUUCUUUGAAGCGAAUGGAAUCAUUAAUAUCACAGCGGUUGAAUCCAAAACAGUUUAUUAUACUGCUUAUAAUGCAUCAACAAUUGUUUCUUUAAAGGCGAAUAAGAUCGGAUUCAUAUCAGGUAAAACUUCAUUCUUUGCUUCAUCUAAUAAAGACGAUGAGAACUCUGUAAGUAUGAAACUAAAGGAUGGUGUAAAUGCCAUAUUUGUUGAAAGAAAUCCUGAACAUGCUACCAUCAACAAUAUAUUGGCAACUGGAAAUGUGACACUUAUGUAUUUCGAUGUUAAUGGGAUUUCAAUCAAUGAAUCUAAUAUUAUUAAUGCAAGUAACUUUGUUGUUGUUGCCAAUCUUACAGGAAAGAAGUCUAAUGGUACUAUUUCAAUUUCCAUAGCUCCAUCUCAAGAAAAUGAAGAGAUUUACUAUAAGUAUACAAUUUCAACAAGCACUUCUUCAAAGAUUGUCAAAAUCGAUCAUGGAGAUGAAGAACAUGAUGAUCAUAAUGACCAUAAAAAAGCAUGA